UGAGAUAGCGUAACAUCAGCGCUUCGUAUCUUUUAGCUUUUUCAUACGAAUUCAAUCUUGGAUCAUUUAAUACGGCGCUCAUUUUCUCAUUCAAAUCAUCUUCGGCUGUCUGUCUGAUGGAUGGCUCUGGUCUAGUCAUUUUACUCAGCUGCUGGGGCGAAAUCAAAUACAUUUUCUUGGUAGCCUUUAGAGCCAUAUUAUUAAUUUUUUCUUCUCCUCUUAGCUUCUCGGAAUCAGCCCACCUAGUAGAUUUCCGAGAAUAGGCACGGCGGCAGAAAGCAGAGGAAGGAUAAAACCCCCAGUUUGUUUUUUUCAGAACCUGAUGUUUACGCUUUAAGCUGGUUUUUUUAUCGGCUAGCAGCCUUAUAAUAUUCUUUUGACGCUUCAGUUGUCUGUAUUGAGAAGGGGACACCUUUAGAUGCCCUUUCAAAAGAUUAAGAGAUAAUUCGCACAAGGCCUGCAGAAAAUCAGGUCACUGUUGUGCAGCAAAUAUGGGUCAGAUAGAAGAAUCCCGGGCGUCGUGCCUAAACACCCUCACCUACCACAGAGAGCUGCUGGUGUCCAGGCUGAGGAGCGUUCAGUGCAUCCUGGACAACCUGUUGGCCUGUGGCUUCAUCUGUGAAGAAGAUGUUGAGAUCGUACAGCGAACCGUCACCAAGCCAGAACAGGUGCGCAAAAUCCUGGAUCUAGUCCAAUGCAAAGGGGAGGAGGCCUGUGAAUACUUUAUUUACAUCAUAUAUAAAGUAUGUGACGCGUACAUAGACCUGCAGCCAUGGCUGAAAGAGAUCGACUACACCCCGAGCAGGGAUGUUACGGUGAUGACAGUGGUUAACACAGAUCCCAUCAGCAGGUACUGUGAGAAGUUGAGGCAUGAGAUGAUCCGGGACACGUGCUUUAUCAUGUCAUAUGGCCAGCAAGAGGAGAGCCGUCUGGAGGACCUCUACACUGACACACUGAUGGAACUGUUGAACGACUGCAAUGAGAGUUUGGGCUUCUUAGAGAGUCUGGAUCAGCUCCUAGGAGACCAUGCGGUCUUCAAUCCCCAAGGGGAAACCAUCUAUGUGAUGGGGGAUGCCGGUGUGGGCAAAUCCAUCCUCCUACAGAAGCUCCAGAACCUCUGGUCCAAGAAAGAGCUGCAGACGGACGCCAUCUUCUUCUUUAAGUUCCGCUGCAGGAUGUUCAGCAUCAUCAAGGACACAGAACAGAUCUCCCUCCGAGACCUUUUGUUCAAAUACAACUGCUCUCCAGAUCAAGAUCCAGACCAUGAGGUGUUCGACUACAUCCUGCGCUUCCCGGAGAAGGUUCUUUUUACAUUCGAUGGCUACGAUGAGAUUCAGACGAAUGACCUGAUGAAUGUUGCUGAAGUGGUGUCUCCAGAAGCCAAGGCGCACCCCCUCCAGCUGCUCGUCAGCUUGCUCUGCGGGAAACUACUCCAGGGCUCCCAUAAGGUGCUGACGGCCCGGACAGGGACCGAGAUCCAGAGUAGGGUGAUCAGGAAGAAGGUGGCUCUGCGUGGCUUCUCCCCAGCUCAUCUGAAGACCUACAUCCAUCUGCACUUCAAGGAGCAGGAGCACCGAGAGCUGGUGUCAGUCCAGCUGGAUGCUAGCCCCCACCUCUGCGGCCUCUGCUCCACCCCGCUCUUCUGCUGGAUUGUAUUCAAGAGCUUUAGGCACCUGCACACCAUGCACGACAGCUUCCAUCUGCCUGAAACCUGCAUCACACUCACGGACAUCUUCCUGCUGCUGUCUGAGGUGUUCCUCAGCCGCUCGGCCUUGCCUGCCCCGUCCCUGCUGAAGAAAAGCAGUCGCUGUGCCUCGGACACAUUCAAAGCCGGGCUCCGGCCUCUCGCAGCAUUUGCCAAACUAGCACUUCAGGUUUUGGAGAGAGGUAGCUUCAUUUGCAGCCAAGAGGAGAUCAGUGCGUGCGGCCUGACAGAGGAGGACCUGACCCUGGGCUUUCUUCGACCCGUCAGUGAGUACGACGCCAGUGGAGGCCCUGCUACAUUUGAAGUCCUUCAUAUCACCCUCCAGUCUUUCCUGGCAGCAUUUGCUCUGGUGUUGGAUGAGCAGGCUGCUGCCAGCUCCAUCCUCAAGUUCUUCACCGAGUGCAGCAGGAAAAGAGAAACGUCCUGUCUGCCUUUUGACUUCUGCAUCUGUGGCUCCUCAAAGUCCGGUGAAAAGCAUCCAUUUGCAACUAAUGACCACCUUCAGUUCACUAAUCUGUUCCUGUGUGGACUGCUGUCCAAGGCUCACAGCGGCCUGAUGGAGCAUCUGGUGUCUCCAGUGUUACUAAAGAAAAAACGGGCCUUACUGAAGUCCUACCUUUCCACCAGUGUAAAGUCCCACCUCCAUGGCUUACCCCACUACAACGGCGAAGAGGGCAAGAAAGUUCAUGUUCUGCCCAACUUCCUGUGGAUGCUGAGGUGCAUCUUUGAGACGGGGAGCAAAGACAUCGCUCAGAUGACAGCGAAAGGCAUCACAGCGGGCUUGAUCAAGCUGGGCUACUGUAACGUGUACUCAGGGGACUGCACGGCCCUGAACUUUGUGCUGCAGCACCGGCAGAAGCUGCUGGGCCUCGACAUGGACAACAACAACAUCAGCGACUAUGGGGUGAUGCAGCUGAGGCCCUCCUUCAGUAAGAUGACGGUAGUGAGAUUGUGCGUCAACCAGCUGUCUGACAGCAGCAUGGAGGUUCUGGCAGAGGAGCUGUGUAAGCACAAAGUGGUGGAGGUCUUGGGUUUCCGCGGGUCCUUCUGCUUCUUCUGGGAAAACAUGACCACGUUGUGCAUUGUGGUACACGGGAGUAAAAUGCUUUACAACAACCACAUCACAGAUGUUGGAGCCAAGCUGGUUGCUCAGAUAAUUGAGACAUGUCCAAAGCUGCGAGUCCUCAAGUUUGGUAAAAACAGGAUCACUGGUGUUGGUGGGAGGUUUUUGGCCAGCGCGAUUCAGAAGAGCACUUCUAUAUUUGAUGUGGGAAUGUGGGGGAACUGUGUCGGCGAUGAGGGAGCAGAAGCAUUUGCAGAAGCUCUGAGGCGCCACCCCAGUCUGACCAACCUCAGUCUCGCAGCCAAUAGCAUCACAUCUAAAGGUGGCAAGUGCCUGGCAGAAGCGCUGAAAGAGAACAGCGUCCUCAGGAUAUUCUGGUUGGUGCAGAAUGAGUUGACUGAUGAAGCAGCUCCACACUUUGCCCAGUUGGUCCAGGCGAACACGGGUUUAUGCCACCUCUGGUUAAUCAGCAACCAGUUCACUGUGGAUGGGAUCAAACACCUUGCUGAGGCCCUGGCUCACAACACAGCACUCAAAGAAAUAUGUGUGAAGGGAAACAAGCUCUCUGAGGAGGAAGAGAAACAGUUUGUGGCAGAGAAAAGGCUGCGGUUCCACUGAUGGGCACUCACGUGAGACAUGCAUGUACUACUGAGAAAUGUCUGUAUGGCACAACAGAUGUAGUGUAUGUUCUGUUCUAGGGCUGCACGAUAUUUUGCUUCAUCGUCUACAUCGUGAUGUGCGCGUGCGCGAUAGUCACAUCGCAGGACUCGGCGAUGAUGACGCUAAAACUUUUUUGCUGCUUGAUAGAAAAGUCAACUUUCACUUUUACAUGCUAAUUUUUUUACAUUGUCAUUUGCCUUUAAGACAGGUAGCCAUAUGGGCAGCGUGUGUAUGUGACGUAACGUUAGUCCAACAGGGUUUAUUGUCAUGGGAAGUGAGGCUCUUCGUGUGUGGAAAACAAGGGGGUAAGUCUCUCUCCACAAAGCCUACCUCCUAUGGCGCCAUUUUGAUGCUAACAAGCCAUCACCCGCUAUUAGCAUCCCAUUGACUGCCAUUCAUUUUGACGUCACUUUGAC